CUUUUUUCUGCAUGCUUAUAAAAACAGUCUAUACGACAAAAUUGAGGUGUUGAGCAAUGGAAGAACAUACAUGUAGAAGACAUCUGCAUAGAAACGCAGAAAGAAAUGCUAUACAUGAAAACAGCGUUAAUGCCAUGUAUCUUUGGAAGAUUCUGCAAAUUGUAAUUUUAUCGGAACAGCAUAUACGAACUUACAGAGAAUGUAUAGACUUGUAUAUGAAAGUUAUGUGUGCAAAUAAGAAAAAUCGCGAUUACUUUACUGGCAGUAGAGGUGAGGGAUUUCAUUUCGAUUGGAGUGACAUUGACAUUUUGAAAUCCUCCCUUUCGAAUUAUGUUUCUAUGGACAGCGGAUUAAUGCAAUCGAAAUUAAAUUGUGAAAUCCUAGCAAUAGAAAAAGACUGUCCACCAGGAUAUUGUAAACUUUGCUUCAGGGAUAUAAGUGGGUGUUCCAAUCAGAUGGAAUACCAGUAUAUAUCUCGGGUUACUUUUUUAAAUCAGAGAAAACUUUUUAGCUACAAUUCAAACUCUGAUUAUCAUAUGCAUGGGCCUUGUUUAUCGUCUAAUCAUUGGUAUGGACUUGAUGUCUGUAAUGCAUUGCCAAUUCAUCCAGAUUUUUCAAAUGCGUUUUUGAAAAACUUUUCUACAAAAUUUUGGAACAAUGUUAAAUCAAAAGUUAUUAACGAAAGUAUAACUGUAAUGCACUGUGUUCCUAAAGGUCCAGAAAAGGGAGACGACGAGGGACAUCAAUGGCUGAUAUCGUUUGCCGUUCUUGAGCAGCAUAUUGUGCGUUCGUUGAACCACGUUCAGUUUUGUUGUUACGGAUUGAUGAAAAUUCUUCUACAUUUGGAAAUUGACUCCUGUUCCGAAACAAAAGACACCCUUUCUUCGUACCAUUUAAAAACCGUUCUGUUCCAUGUUCUAGAAGAUGUUCAUUCUGAGUUCUGGAUUCCGCAGAAUAUAUUUUACAGCAUACGUAUAUGUUUGACACGACUGUUGUUUUAUGUGUUCAAAGGAUGUUGUCCUCAUUAUUUCAAACCAGAAUGCAAUCUUCUCUUGAAAAAGAAAAUCUUUGAAAAAAAGAAAACACUUGAGAAAAAAAUAUUUGAAACUCUAAAAUUUGAUAUAAGUGGCAUUUGUUUGUCUAUACAUGCGUGUUUAUCGAUUAAUGGUAUGUUAUGCCCAGACUUGACAUUUUCGGACCGGAAUAACAGAAUACAAACCAAUAAUUGUUUAUCAUUGUUAGAUUUUUUUAUGUCUGAGAAAAUUGCCUCAUUCAUAAAAUUAUUUAUAACAAAAUGUAUGGUGAAGGGUUAUCGGACCACUUACAGUGAAUGUAUAGAUUCUAUAAUAAUGAUCAUGAAUCUUCUUCAGACGGAGCAAGAUCAACUGAAAAUAGAUCUUCUUAAGCAUUUGUUCCUUUUACUGAUCAGAAGAAUCGGAAUUAUACUGUACGACAAAUUCAUACUCACUGGAUAUAAAGAUUAUCUACUUUCGGCAGAGACAGCUUUUAUGUUAUUCACGCAUGCUGGUGUUUAUUCCUAUGCAUACCUUGCUACACUUUGGUAUUGUCAAGGUAGAUAUUUUCGAUGUCGCAGUUUGAUUUACAGCGCUCUGGAUAAACCACUACUUCUUCUCGAACGUGUAGAAUUUGAUUUCGCAUCCUUUAUAAUGGAUAUCGAAUUGGGAACAAUAGAACUAUAUAGAGCUAGUAACCUUUGUCCAAAAGAUUUAAAAGAUGAUGUUCAAAGUUGUUUAACGGCAGAAUUUAUAGUGUACGGUAACUCAUAUAUGCUAUUUUUAGCCUUUCUAUGCUCUUGUGAAAUGAAUUUCAUUGACGAGGGAAUUACUUUUAAUUGCUUGCAGCAAUCAUUUCAUUCAAUAGGAUUUGGUUUGCUAAGCGAUAUUAUUCAUCAAAAUUCGAAACGACUGAUGCAGAUUGCAACUAAUAAACUUUAUAUUGAAUAUUUCUUGUAUUUGAUACGAUUUUUUUAGUAAAAAUCAUUUUUUCAGGUGAACCCAAAAUUUGAAGUGACUUUGUUAUUAUGUGAACAUCUAAGGGUUCUAAUAGGUCAUACACUGUACCUUAAAACUGUCCUCACAGGUUCACAAUAUAAAUAUACAAUGUACACAACUAAGUACUAGACAUGUAUUUACUUAUUUCAGUUAACUCGGUACUGGGAUUUUAUAGGGCAUAAUCAUGAUAUUUAAGUAAAAGUUUAUUGAGCUAGGUAAGUUUGAUAUAAAUUGUAUAUGUACUAUUACACACAGCUUGAUUUAACACUUUUUAUAGAAAUUCGAAAGUAUUUUAAGUUUAAUGCUCACAUUUGCCAAUAUGUUUCCUCAUAUGAACCUAUAGAAUAGCGAACACAUUCAAAUUCUUUGUGAACUAUUCCAUGUCGUCACAAUGAUUAUGGCAUGCGUUUAUAUUAUUGCUUGUGGGUUGGAUUCUUGUAAACAUAAAAACAUUGUAAUUCUAACAAUUUUAACCAUUUUACAUUUUAAUUGCAAAUAUUAGUAAAUCAUAGCAAAGUUAAAAAGUUCACCGGGAAAUAAACUUGGUUGGUACAUGAUUUAAAAAUCUUUUGAGAAGCAUGUCGGGCCUCACAGGAUUUGAUUACGUGACCAACCAAGUUCCUUUCCCGGUAAACGUUUUAAAUUGCUAUUUAUUUCUAAA